AUGUGUGCCAAAGAGAUGGAUGAAACUGUUUCCGAGUUUUUCAGGAGGACCAUCUUGAAAAUCCCAUUGACUGAAAUGAUGACAAUACUAAAAACCUGGAAUUUUUUGUCUGAAAAUCAGCUGCAGACUGUAAACUUCCGGCAGAGAAAGGAAUCUCUUGUUCAGGACUUGGUUCUGCUUUGUGAGGAAAAUCGUGCAAGUCUCAAUGAUGCAGCCCUUUUAGACAUCAUUUAUACUCAAUUUCAUCGGCAUCAGAAAGUUUGGGAUGUUUUUCAGAUGAGUAAAGGACCAGGUGAAGACACUGACCUUUUUGAUAUGGAACAAUUCAAAAGUUCAUUCAAGAAAAUUCUUAAGAGAGCAUUAAAAAAUGUGACAGUCAGCUUCAGAGAUGCUGAGGAGAAUGCAGUAUGGAUUCAAAUUGCCUGGGGAACACAGUAUAGAAAGCCAAACCAGUACAAACCUGCUUACGUGGUGUAUUAUUCCCAAACACCAUAUGCCUUCACUUCUUCCUCCCAACUGAAAAGCAAUCUACCCCUUCUGGGUCAGGCACUGACAAUUGCUAGCAAACACCAUCAGAUUGUGAAAAUGGACCUCAGAAGCCGGUAUCUGGACUCUCUUAAGGCUAUUGUUUUUAAACAGUAUAAUCAGACCUUUGAAACUCACAACUCUACUACACCUCUACAAGAAAGAAGCCUUGGGCUAGAUAUAAAUAGUAUGUGUGUUUUAAGAUAA